AUGAGAUAUACUGCUCUCUUUGCAGUGGUCACAUCUGCUUUGGCCAGCACCGCCGCGGCCAUUGGCGUCAUUGGAGCCGCUGAGGGAUUUGCCAAGGGCGUUACAGGUGGUGGAAGUGCUAACCCGGUUUACCCUACCACGACUGAUGAGCUGGUCUCAUAUCUUGGCGACAGUGAAGCUCGCGUCAUCAUCCUCACUAAGACUUUCGACUUCCGCGGCACUGAAGGGACUACCACCGCUACCGGCUGCGCCCCCUGGGGCACCGGCUCUAAGUGCCAGCUCGCUAUUAACCAGAACUCUUGGUGCGACAACCAGUCCGGUGUUGCUAAGGCCAGGGUUAGCUAUGAUAAUGCUGGUAUCCGUGGUAUCACUGUGAACUCCAAUAAGUCCUUGAUCGGCAAGGGCAGCGCUGGUGUCAUUAAGGGUAAGGGUUUGCGGAUUAUUAGCGGUGCCAAGAAUGUCAUCAUUCAGAACAUCGCGAUUACCGAUAUCAACCCUAAGUAUGUCUGGGGUGGAGACGCCAUCACCCUCAACAAUGCUGAUCUCGUCUGGAUCGACCAUGUCACUACCGCCCGUAUUGGUCGCCAGCACAUCGUCCUCGGCACUCAGGCUGACAACCGCGUCACUAUAUCCAACUGCUAUAUCAAUGGUGUCUCCGACUAUUCCGCUACUUGCGAUGGACAUCAUUAUUGGGGUAUUCUCCUUGACGGUUCUAACGACAUGGUCACCAUGAAGGGUAACUACAUCUACCACACCAGUGGCCGUUCUCCUAAGGUCACUGGUAAUACUCUGCUGCAUGCUGUCAAUAACUACUGGUAUGAGAAUUCCGGCCACGCCUUUGAGGUCAGUUCUGGUGGGUACGUCCUCGCCGAAGGAAACGUCUUCCAAAACGUCAAGGUUGUUGCCCAGUCACCUAUUUCCGGUAAGCUCUUCACUUCGCCCGAUAGCACUACCAACAAGGUCUGCUCCGCCUACCUUGGCCAUACCUGCCAGGUCAACGGCUUCACAAGUUCCGGAACCUUCAAGCAGGCAGAUGAGGGUUUCCUCUCCAAAUUCAAGGGCCAGAAUAUCGCCUCUAGUUCCGCCUACACCACCGUUGUCUCCAGUGUUACCUCCAACGCUGGCCAGGGCAAGCUGUGA